GCCGAUGGGGUUCUUCGGUACGGUACCCUCACCGGCUGUGUCUUUCUCAUUCUUUUUAAUUUGAUUUAUUUGAGGAGCGAUGUAGAUCGUGACACUCACACACACGCACGUAAAUAUUUUCGACGAUCCUCUAACAAUAAUGUCGGUGGUAUUAUGAUAGUUGACAGCUUGACUAAUAAAUCGCGAGCCAACAAAUGACGGGGAUUGAUCAACAAAAAACGAUUAAUAUUCGACAAACAUGCGGAUAUGUAUCAUCAAAAACUCGGAUGCAACAUGACGAAUUUCGUUGUUUAUUAUCAUCAGUGACAAUAGCUUUGAAACGAUUAUGUCGUCCAUAACUUACGGAUUCUAUCGAUAGAUUACAACGAGAGAGAAAUGUGCACCGGUUAAUAAUACUGCGCUAAAAUGUACAAUAAAUGUGAACAGUUUAAUUAAAAAAUCUUACGGAGAAGUUCUAGAGUUUGUAACCAUAUAAUACAUGUUUUGUGAAGAGUGUUUCAAAGUUUAACACUGUUGUUGUAUUUAUCUAAAAACUUAACAAUAAAUGUCAAAUAUUUAUAAAAUAUGGAAUAAAACACUACAUUAUAUAAAUAAUAUAAUAAUUGAUCCGGUAUAAUUAAAUCGGUGAAAUUAAAGAAGAGUGAAAAAAGUGUGAAAUUUUUAUCUGGAUAAAAAAAUUCUUAAAAGAUUUUACACGUUUAUUUACACAAUUGUAACAUUUAUGCAAAGCUAAAAUAAAUCUUUAGCUUCGAUUUAUAUGAAAUAGAUUUUCAUAUUUUCAACAGUUGGCUUCAUAAGCUAGUUAUCCGAAAUUUCUCUGAAAUAAAGCGAUAUAAAAUACGAUUAUUACGCACAGCGUUUACUCCGACUUUGAAGACAGUCUCAUUACUAUAUUCCUAGGCGGGGACAAUAAGCUUAAAAGAAUAUUUGAUAGUAAAAGAUAAAUCGAGAAAUAACGUGAGUAAAAUAUAUGCUUGGCAAUCUUAACAAACUUCAUAUAUUGGAAAACUAUUAAUGUCAAUCGCAUUGACUAAACAAAGAAUUAUAUAAGACUUUCGAUUAAGUGUCGUAGAUAUUUAGUCGUAUAAAGCCGUGCAUGUUUCCCUGAUAACAAAUGACGUUAAACCACUAUAAUGAUGGUCAAAGGUCAAAUACAUAUCAGUUCAUUGCACGUAACGUCGGUAACAACUGAUAAAAUCAAUUCGAUGCUAUUCGAAAGAAGCUCCAACAGAGUGAUAUAAUAAAGUUCUCCAAGACACACUAUUCACAUAAUAAUCAUCAAUGACGACCCUUACAAAUAUGAAUAACAUGACUCUGGAACGUGUAUUCAAUUGCAGUGAAUGGCUCCUGGAACUUAAUAUUACUUUGCUUUUAAAAGUUAAUCGUAGCGAGUUCCGUCAUUUUUUCGAGGAGGCAUUGUACAGAUCAACUCGACCUAACAUUCUUCGAGAGGCGCUUUUGGAUUGUAUUUUCAUCAAUCGGGAACGGCCAUUUGAUCUACCAUGGUGGCAGAAGCUCUUCUGGUCGCUGAUAUUCGCAGUGAUACUAUUGGUUGCAACUAGUGGCAAUAUCAUCGUAAUGUGGAUCGUACUUGCUCAUCGGCGAAUGCGUACCGUCACUAAUUACUUCUUGGUGAAUCUUUCCGUGGCGGAUCUUAUGAUGUCAUUGCUCAACUGCGCCUUCAACUUUAUCUUCCUCCUCAACUCUAAUUGGCCCUUCGGAGUAGUAUAUUGCACUAUCAACAACUUCGUAGCACACGUGACUGUCACUUCCAGUGUUUUUACCCUCGUCGUAAUUUCAUUUGAUAGAUACAUGGCCAUUAUGCACCCUCUGAAACAUCAUAUGUCUCGCAAGAGAACGGUGAUUACUUUAAUUUUAAUCUGGAGCAUUUCAUCUGCACUAGCGAUCCCGUGUCUUUUAUAUUCCACAACGACAUCUCGCAGGCAAGUAUAUUCUCAUGGAACAACCAGAAUUUCGUGUUAUCUCUUAUGGCCUGACGGAGGUUAUUUACGUAGUAAGACAGAAUAUUGCUACAAUCUCCUAUUCCUCACUGUAACGUAUCUGGUUCCUAUGACAGUAAUGGCUGUUUGUUAUGCAUGUAUGGGACGGAAAUUAUGGGGCUCAAAAUCUAUCGGCGAACUUACACAUUAUCAAAAAGAAUCGAUGAAAUCUAAACGUAAGGUUGUAAAAAUGUUUAUCAUUGUGGUGACAAUAUUUGCGGUAUGUUGGCUGCCAUACCAGGGGUUCUUUAUUUUUGUGUAUCAUUAUCGUCAUUUCGCAGAAAGCAGUUAUGUACAACAUGUAUAUUUAGGCUUUUAUUGGCUCGCCAUGUCCAACUCUAUGGUUAAUCCAAUUAUAUAUUAUUGGAUGAAUAACAGGUUUCGAGUUUACUUUGAUCUAGUAAUCUGCAAAUGUUGCUGCGUGAUGGAUCGAACAAAUGUGCGACGUCGUCAAACGCAAGAAUUGACAGGAUUUCAACGCUCCGAUAUCCUUGCAUACAAUUCGGGUCGUUUCAAAUCGACUUCCAUCAGGUGGCGACAGAGCAUGGCAGAGAGCCAAGUACAAACGUUUAAAAAGAAUACUCGAACAAUGAGCGGGAGUCUUCAGUUUAAAGAGGAUGUAGCUAUAAUUUGAAUCAAGUAUUAGUUUAAAUUUGCAUUACAAAACGACGUAUUCGUUAAAGAUGAUGUCCUAAUAUCACCAUUUUCGUGCUUCACAUAUGCUUUAUUUGCCUUAUUAUAUAUAUUAUAUAGUGUUAUACACAUGCACGGUUUCUUCAUCAAAACAAAUAAAUAUUUAUUUAUAUUUAUAUUAUUGUAUUUAGAAAAAGUUAAUAACUCCGAUUUUAUAAAAGUACAAUGUUUUUAAUUGUGUGUAGCUUUCAAAAAUUAUGAGAAAUUAUUUCAAUAUUUCUUUCACGAGAUCAUUCACGUAUGAAAUAACUUACAUGUUAUUUGCAAAAUUAACUUAAUUUUUUUUCGCGCGUCAAUAUCGGGAGUAAUGUAAAAGAGUCAAAUUUAGCUGAUUGUGAGCUUAAUAUUUUUAGAUUGUACGGGCAACAUUAUAGUUGCAACAUUGUUCAGCUACGGUCGAUCACGUUUUGAUACGAUCCUUGCUGUAGAUCACUCUCCAGAAAUAGCGCCUCGCGCAUUCCUGAGACUUUACUCGCUUUGGACGGAAAGGUAUCCUCGUAUUAUGAUUUGCACCGAUAUUCCAUGAUUUUGUGUCACACCUUUCUUCAUCUCGCCGAGUGUUCUUUUUUUUAUGUGAUGAUUGUUUUGACUUUCUUUUUGGACCGAUAUGUCUUGAUGCGCAUCAAAGAUAUAUCUUGUAUUAAUUAUUUUGUUUUUAUUUAAUUAUUUAUUGCCUAUUGUCAAAAAAUGACAACUUGAAUUUUAAUUCUUACAUAACUGAUUUAAUCAAUGUUGGUUAAUUUUAAUUGUAAAACUUGAUUCUUAUUUUGUCAUCUUGUCUAUCUUCUAAUUCUUCUAAUUCUAGAUUUGACUAAUUAACAAAUGUUGAUAAUAUUAAUUACAUAGCACAUAAUAGUAAUUAUCCAUUAUAAUGGUAAAAAAUAAGAGCUAGAGAUAAUGUCAAGUUAUAAGAUUAUAAAGAAAAUAAAAGAGAUAUCUGUAUAUUUUGUAUAAUUAACGAAAAACAUAACAAGUGUAAUUUGAAAACGAUAAUUUACCUUAUUUAAUAACCACGUAUUUCUGAGAAAAUACCAAAACACAUUCCCGCAAACAGCCUUGUCAGCAUUAUCAGCUUAUUCACUAAAUAUAAGCAUACCGCAAAGAUUUUAUCUAUUAAAGAAACAUAAAGCUCCAGUAUUCAAAUUAGUAUCGAAUAAUACAAAUUCCAAGUGUAUUACAAUAAUUUAGUUAUAAAAAUAUUUUUAUAAUAUUUUAGCACAAUCGACUUUCAUGGUGAAAAUUCACGAAAGCCAUACAUAUUAUUACUGCAUAGUGUUAUACACAUGCCUUAUUAUUUAUAUAUUAAAAUAUAAUAAAUUUAUAUAUUGGAUAUAUUAUAUAUUUUGCAAAAAUAUUACUUCACAUCUAAUUCUAUUUUUUGCAAUAAACUUUGAAUAAAUCUUAUAGUUACUUGUAGAUAGACGUUUUUUUUAUAUACAUAUAUAAUUAACAGAUAUUUCAUAAUGAAAAUUGCUUUGUCAUAGUACUUUGAAUGAAUGACAUUGUUAUACUUAUCGUUUUUUCCUUGUCAUUUUUUCUAACUGCCAAAUCAGCAUUUUAUAUUGUAUUACGUAUAUGCAAAAUUAUUACUCUCAUUAGCGUGCAUGAAGGCUCGUUAUAAACUUCGAAGCUUUGGUGACAAAAUAUAUCGCGCUGAAAUAUAAUGCUCGAGAAUAAAAUAAUAAUUUGUUUGAGAAUUUUAAACAGCAUGCAUUUAUUUAUUAACAAAUUAUAUUUAUUCAUUAU